AUCAAAUUCUCCCCAGCCCUUCGGUUUCUCUUCCUACAUACGAGCUGCAUGCCAAAUCUAUGGACGAUGUCUUAAGAAUCCUUAUGAUUCUAGCUUGAGGAACCGGCCAGAAAACACACGUAAAUUGUGAUGAUUUGAUUUUUGAAGGUAGCAUGCUUUUUUUCUUUGUGAUCAGAUGCCAAGUAUAGAAGAAGAUAAAGGAAGUGGUACUCCAAGUAACGUAGAUGAACAGUCAACGUCUGACCAAAGCCGAAUUAAUGGAAGUAACAUGGAGAGAACAAUAAUAAAUAUGGUGUUAGAUGAAGGCUUUGAAAGUAUUGCUCUUAAACAUUCUCUCCCACCCCAAAAUGAUAUUCGAAGCAAGCCACUUUGCCAACAAAAAAAUGGAAGAAUCUAGAAGCAUGCCUCCCACAAACGUUAGACGAGAACUAAUUGAUUCACAUAUUAAGACAAGGGGAGUACUGCCUGGAUCACCAGUUCAAACAAACUUAUGUAUAUCACUCACUGCCCCUUUAGGCAACAAAAAUGUCAGUGGUGGGACAUCAAUUGAUGAAGGGCAAAUGGGAAAGAUGAUUACUUCCUUUGUACCCAAACCACCAAAGUAUACCUUCGCUAGGCCACCGGCUGAAGGAAGAAUGAACAGCCAGUUGCUUCCACGUUACUGGCCCAGGAUAACUGAUCAGGAAUUGCAGCAAAUAUCGGGAAACACAAAUUCCUCCAUUGUACCAUUGUUUGAAAAGGUCUUGAGUGCUAGCGAUGCAGGUCGAAUCGGGCGUUUGGUACUUCCCAAAGCAUGUGCUGAAGCAUAUUUUCCGCCGGUUUCACAACCUGAAGGCCUCCCUAUAAGGAUUCAGGAUACAAAGGGGAAGGAGUGGGUGUUCCAGUUCAGGUUUUGGCCAAACAAUAAUAGCAGGAUGUAUGUUUUGGAGGGUGUGACCCCCUGUAUUCAAUCCAUGCAAUUGCAAGCUGGUGAUACUGUAAUUUUCAGUCGUAUGGACCCGGAAAGAAAGAUUUUGCUGGGGUUCAGAAAAACAUCAAGUGAAACUUUCUUCUCAGCUCUCGCAAAGAAUGUGCCCUUAAUGAGUGGUUAUUCUGGCAUGCUUCAAUCUUUCAGUGGGAGCAAAGAGCUUGUUACAUCUUCUAAAAGUAGUGUGGAUGUGAAUUGGUACUUGCCCUCGAAUAUUGGAAACAAGAACGGGGAAGGUCCACAUUCGCUAUCACUUAUGACUCCAGACCGCAAAAGAAGUCGAAAUUUAGGCUCAAAAAGUAAAAGGUUGCUUAUUGAUAGACAAGAUGCAUUUGAGUUGAAACUUUCAUGGGAAGACAAACAAGAUAUGCUCCGUCCACCACUCAGUGCUAGGGUCACUACCGUUAAGAUAGAGGAUUAUGAAUUUGAAGAAUAUGAAGUAUGGAACUUGUAAUUUAUUAAAAUCAAUAUCUGUGGCUUUAUUGUUUUAACUGUUGGGUAGUUCAAAGCUCAGGUUUGUAAUACCCUGCACUUAACUAUGAAAAGUUCUUGCUACACUUCUUAUACCCAAGCUUCUGGUUUUGUAGGAACCCCCUGCCUUUGCAAAGAGAAGCAUUUUUACAGUUCGCUUGUCUGGGUAAGAUAAUUUUAGUAGGAUAUAUAGUACAUCUAAUGACAAUUAUUUUCUAGAAUCGUCCAAGGACCAUUAGCAAUAAGAGUUGAGACCUUUAAAUGUUAAAUGUUGUUCUAACAUUUU